AUGGCGCUAGUCCUACUGCAUCUCGUGUUUCUAACUAUAUUCCUACAUUUCAUAGUUGCACAACAGAAUACCGGUUCUGUAACUGUUGGUGCAUCACUCACCGCCACAGCCAACAUCAAACCAUGGCUUUCAUCAUCCGGUGAGUUUGCCUUUGGGUUCCAACAAGUUCAAGGAAUCAAUAAUUUCUUGUUAUCCAUAUGGUAUAACAAGAUACCUAACAGGACCAUCAUCAGGUAUCCAGAAGAAGGUUGGAUGGUGCCUACAGGAUCCAAAGUUGAGCUACUUCUUGGUAGUGGACUAGUACUCCUCAGGGCACACAUGUAUGGAGAUCUGGCUCUAUAUCCAGUGUUGCAUCAGGUUUUAUGA